AACGGUGUGACGACAAAUAAUGCGCCAUCUGAACACGACUGAUUUGACAUACCGCUCCUGUAGCACAAAUGUUGUAUGUUGUGCAUUCAUGACCAAUAAUAAGUCACUUUAUAUUAUUUAAGUAGUAGUAGGUGUAUGUUAGUUUUACCAGCUUUAGCUAGCAUUCAGUCGUGCUAAAUUGCACACUAACUCCGCUUUGUGUGAAGGCAACUACAGCUAACUCGCAGAGGACAUAAUCAUGGCUUACAUGCAGAUAGUGAAAGGUCUCCAGCGGAAUCUACAACAGACAGCGACACUGUACAGCGCUCAGAAAUGCAAACUGACACAAGUCAGUUUGCUCAUCCACACACACAGGACAGCGUCAACAGUAUCGAGACUGACUUUCCACAGGAGAAUCGAGGCUCCCUCUGUCAUGCCAGUACUGAGCUGCCUCAUACGGCGGGGUAUUUCGCUCGACUCUACAGCCAGAAGUCAAAGCAGCCCCGAAGAGAGAGACAAGUCGGUUUCCAGGUACCAGAGUGGGAGCCCCAAACCUUCAGCUGCACAAAAAGUAAAAGAAGCUGGCAGAGACUUCACCUACUUGAUAGUUGUACUCAUUGGGCUUGGAGUGACAGGUGGACUGUUAUAUGUGGUGUUCCAGGAGCUGUUUUCUUCCUCAAGUCCAAAUAAAGUCUAUGGGAAAGCCUUCAACAAAGUCAGGUUAGACCCAGAGGUGAUUGGUGCAUUUGGGGAGCCAAUCAAGUGUUAUGGGGAGACUACCCGUCGAGGAAGGAGGCAGCAUCUCAGUCAUCUGGAGUACCUAAAGGACGGACUGAAGCAUAUGAGACUAAAGUUUUACAUUGAGGGCUCUGAGCCGGGCCUCAAAGGAACUGUACACUCAGAGUCAAAAGAGAAUCCUGAAACUGGAAAAUAUGAAUUCCGUUACAUAUUUGUGGAAGUAGACACCUACCCAAGACGAACCAUUAUUGUGGAAGAUAACCGAUAAGAAAGAUAAUGGACUCAGAAGUGUCACUUAUCUGAAAAGCAUUGUGAAAAAUGUAAAUAAUGUGUUUGUGUUAUUGCACAAAUAGCUGAAGAUUUACUGUGAAUGUAACUUUAAAUCACCAUUAAAAGCUGUUAUGCAAAACAUUAAGGCAUUUGGCAAAUAGCUUUGAAAAGUACAGUCUCUUUCACAGACUCUUAUGUGUUAUUGUUUUAUAAAUAAUACACAUGCUACAAAUCGUUUUUUUGAAAAGACUACGGGAUGACCUGAUUUUUGAAGAUGCUUUGGAAUUGUAAUAAAACAAGUUGGUCUGUUAUUUGCACAAUAAAGUGCAUACAGCAAAAAA